CUUAGGAAAAAUUCUCUCUUUUUCUCUUUCGUGUUCAAGCGAUUAUUCUCUUGUUUUUGAGGUAAGAAGCCAAGAGAGGGCUCUGCGAUUCCUUACGAUCUCGCUCGCGACGGAGGAUGCUGACGUGGAGGGUCUAUGCUGACGUGGAGGAGUGAGUAUAGAUGCCCGGAGGGGCGGAUCUAGGGUUUGUAGCGGUCGCCGUCGUCGUUGGCCGCCGUGAUCUGCGUUCUUGGGUCGAAGGAAAUGGAGGAUGGCGUUGGCGAGGAGGGAGGAGGUCAGGAGGCUGGCUGGGCUGGCAGCCGAGGAGGCGGCCAGGGCCGAGGCCGACGGCCGCCGCCCUUGCUUACAUGGUGCCUCCAUUCGCGCCAUCUCCGGAGGUUGAUGACGAAGGAGCUGAUGCCGGCAGAGAAAUUAGGGUUGGGGAUUGGGCGAUGCCACCGUCUCCAGCUCAGGUUCUGCCGCCACAGUGUGCUGUGUGCUAUCGGCACACAACGACGAGGUGCUCGAGAUGCAAGGCUGUCAGAUACUGCUCAGGUAAAUGCCAGAUUAUUCAUUGGAGACAGGGCCACAAGGAUGAAUGUCAUCCUCCCAAUAUUGAUGGCCACAACAAUGGUGGGGAAAGUGUUUCCAAUUUUAAAUGUUUACAGACUAAUCAAUCUGAUCUGUCAGAGAAUAUUGCGGACAUUGGAACAAAGACUCAGCCCAAACAACCUAAGGCGUCCUCUGCAAGACCAUCACCUGCAUCCCACUCACCUCCAGUUGUCUGUAAUGAGGAUCAUAUUGAGGUUAAGUCAUUUAUUGAUGUACCUGAAACAGAGAGCAACUCAGAAUCUUUUGCAGACACAUCAUCAUCGUCAUCAUCUAGUUGCUCUACAUUUUCUGGGCUUUUCGAGACAUCAGAUGAUUCUUCUGUCAAUGAUGUACCUCCUGUUCUCCAUUCUGGGAAAAUGCAGAAGCGUUCCUGCAAUGAGGUUUUGCCUGAAGGCCACAUAACAGAAAUUCAUACUUUUAAGGCAAGCCCUAAAAGAGAUCCACCUGCCAAUGCAGGUGUGCCUAUGAAUAAUUUAUCCUGUACAAGUAAUAUUGAGCAGAAGGUACACAGUAGCAAAACAUGUGAUGGUGAAUGUACUUCAGGCAGUCUUGGUUCAAGCUCUAUAGGCUCGGGUAAUCAUACGAAAACCAGGCAUCCUGAAGGUUCUGUUGACACUAAGGAUGAUCAUGUUCAGACUGUUGCCCCAUCUUCUUGUGGGACUGUAUCUAAAUCGCUACCAUCCGAAAAAAGAUCUGAAGGUGAAGAUUCUUCUUGCAGAAUUACUCCACCAGAAGGUAUUGCUCAACCUGGACAUAGGUGCUCAGCAGCUUCGGUAACAGACAAGUCAAGCUCUAUUGCUGAUGGGAAGAGCACUGAUGUAUGGUUAUUGAAGUCUAAAAACUUGAGGACUCCAGCUUCUUCCUCUUAUGUGGAUCAUGAAUCUUCAGAUGGUGCAAAGCAUGCUGUUUCACGUGUUAUAAAAGCAAAGAAUGAAUGUGCACCUGCACUUGCUGUGAAGCCAGUUGAGGCUACUGUCUUUGUUCCAAAUGGUAUCAGUGACAUAAAAACAUCAGUGAGGAGAGUGGUUCAGCAAUUCAAAUCUUCAAACCUUUCAAAGCAUUCAUCAGGAGCUAGGAGUGAUAUAUCUCGAAAGUACAAGAUGCUUUUUCCAUAUGAUCUCUUCGUGAAACUUUACAAUGACAAAGUGGAAAUACGCCCUUGUGGCCUUACAAACUGUGGCAACAGCUGUUAUGCAAAUGCUGUGCUUCAGUGCUUGGCAUUCACUCGUCCACUAACUUCAUAUCUUCUUAAGGGAUUGCAUGCCGACAUAUGUCCCAGGAGAGACUGGUGUUUCACAUGCGAGUUUGCAAGCCUUCUUGUGAAAGCAAAAAAAGGACAGUCUCCUCUUUCCCCUAUUGGGAUACUUUCUCACAUAGACAACAUUGGAAGUAAUCUUGGCCAUGGAAAAGAAGAAGAUGCCCAUGAAUUCUUAAGAUAUGCUAUUGACACCAUGCAAUCAGUAUGCCUUAAGGAAGCUGGGGUUAAGGCAGCUGGAACAAAAGUUGAAGAGACGACACUUGUACACUUAAUUUUUGGUGGUUACCUUCGCUCCAGGAUAAAAUGCACAAGGUGCCGGGGAAAAUCUGAGCGACAGGAGCAAAUGAUGGAUCUUACGGUGGAAAUACACGGGGGCAUCGGAACACUGGAAGAAGCGCUUGCUCGGUUUACAGCUACGGAAAUUCUAGAUGGGGAGAACAAGUACCAUUGUAACAGAUGCAAGUCGUAUGAGCGAGCAAAAAAGAAGCUGACCAUAUUGGAAGCUCCAAAUGUCCUGACAAUUGCUCUAAAAAGAUUUCAGUCGGGUAAAUUUGGUAAACUCAACAAAGCAGUUCGAUUUCCUGAGAUCCUGGAUUUAGCUCCUUACAUGAGCGAGACAGAUGAUAAAUCCCCAGUAUACAGCCUCUAUGCUGUAGUUGUUCACCAGGAUAUCAUGAAUGCUGCAUUCUCUGGCCACUAUAUAUGUUAUGUUAAGAGCACGCAAGGGAAGUGGUACAAGACUGACGACAGCAAGGUAAAGCCUGUGGAACUUGCAAGUGUCUUAACAAAAAACGCAUACAUACUCUUUUAUUCAAGGUGUUCACCCCGAGCCCCCAGCUUGAUCAGAAGCACUGUAUCUCAUGACCCUUCAAAGAGCAAGAGAACCAAAGGCUCACAAUCAAUCACACAACAAAGGAGCUACGAUCAUCCUCCUCCUUAUCGAUCGCACACCCACCACCUGUCAAGCUUCCAGCCGUCCGAUAUCUUCAAUGGAAGUAGACUUCCCUUCUCAAGAACAGAUUCCUCUAGCGAUAACUCUUCCCUUCUCAGUGGCUCAGAUGAAGGUUCAUGCAGCACCGACAGUACUCGAGAGUCCACCAGCAGCACUACAGAGGAGCUCUCUGAGUACAUUUUUGGAGGCUCGGGUCGGUUCAGUAUGAAUUCUUCAGUGUUCUCUGAGGAUUCUGAUGGUUUCAUGUCGUCCCCUUUGGUAGCGAGGCAUAAUUUCGCCGGGGAAAGUGAUGGAUUAAGUUAUGGAGAGAGGUUGGGUUGGGAAAGGAGAGAGGUAGAGGGUAGGGAGAGCCCUCAGUUUUUGUAUUCUGAUGAUUCAAGUAGUGAGUGUAGGAAACUAACUGGAGAUUUUAGAGGUAGAUGGGUAAAUGAACAGGAGCCCAAUGUAUUAACCAGGAGGUCUUCUACGAGUAGAGAGGGAAGAACUCAACCAUUUUACUAAUGGUUUUUUGGUUGUAUAGGGCAAUAAGCUUUUAGGAUGUAUGAAUAUGUUACACUGCUGGUUUUACAAGAAAGGAAGUAAAAUGCUUCUCACUUGUGGAGACCUUUGCUUU